UAUUCUGAUUUCUAAAACCGCUCCCAUGUUUGUCAGAAUGAUUAGAAACAAUUCACACAUACUUAUUGUGCCAGAUUGCGAUGUAAAAGUAGGGCUGACGGCAUUUUCAACGCAAACACGCGGGCGAAUAAAUAGUGUUUGUAGCGCUUUUUCUGCUGAUUAGGUUUCAAUAUCAGAAAGCAUUCACAUCGUCAAUAACCAUGGUGAAAUAUAGAACGGUGUGCCUGUGCCUAAUGCUCGUGCUGGGUGCAUCAAAUGGGCAAGGCAUUUAUCCGGACUAUCUGGAUACAAAUCUUUUUGACCCGCAAAGCUCUUCUGAGGAAAUGAUAUCGCCGGAUAAUGACGUGCCAAGUUCAUUAUGGUACAGUACUUCAUACAGUUUACCACUCUCGCCACAAUUUAUAGAUAGAAACUUGACUGGAAGCUGUACUAAUACUUCCACAAUCGUGUGUACCGGAUGUCGACGCGUGCGCGUCUGCAUUCCAGGGAUCAGUGACCAGUCAUUGUUGCCGGAAAACAAUUGUCCCUCGGGCACGUACUGUAAUUCGAUCGAUGCUGGUACCAGAGGAGCAUGCCUGGCUACUGUAGAUCCCUUGUUUCCAGAGUGCAGAUAUACUACAGGAAUCGGCGAGGGUAAUGGAGCAAAUAGUGGCAACAAAGUUGGUUUACUUUGCACGGGAUUGGGAGUAUUUCCCGAUCCCCAGGAUUGCAUGAAAUUCCACUACUGUACAUCUGUUGGAAGCUACGCCCGGUUAUUCAAAUGUCCGUCGGGUUACGUAUAUAACUCGAAAAAGAAAACCUGCAGCAGAAACACUCGAUGUCAAACGGUACGAUGUCGUCCAAAUGGAAGAUCUAUAUUCAUACCGUUUCCACAGGAUCCUACAUACUAUGCGUAUUGCAAUUACAACCGUCGCCGAAAUCGACCAGUGUUGAGGAACGUGGUGGUGUACAAAUGUACCGAAGGCUCGGAAUUUAAUUCAUUGUCUAAGAGCUGCGUAUUUAAGUGCUCGAGGGAAGGUUUUUUGCCAAAACCCGGCGAUCCCACGAAAUUUUACUGGUGUCGAAGAGUUAGUGGCAAUUUGUUUGGGUAUGAGCAAGUGUGUCCAGGUUUGGGAUCUUUAUUUAGUGCCAAGCUUGGAAUUUGUUUACCACCACUUGUCACCACCACUACGGAGAUGUCGCAAAUGAUGAGUGAAAGUAGUUCCACUACUGAAUUAAUCGAUCAGCAAACAGAGAGUUCAAAUUUACCAACCGGGUCAGACGAACCAGUGCAGCUUCCUCCUUGGCCUCAAUGGUCCUCAUUUCCCGUAUCGUUGUAAUAUGUAAUGCUACCAUUGCGACAUUGACAGUAUAUAAAUGAAAUGAUGGAGGAUUCUGUCGUCUCAUCUAAUACCAAUUAUCUAGUCUGGACAGUUCCUCCGUUAGCAAGGAUUGACUAUCUGGAUGCUUAGUAAAAUAAGUCUAAUGAUCAAUGUAUAAGUCUAGUAUUUGCGCGCUAAAACCAUCAAGAAUUAAAAAAAUAGAUUUAGUAGUGCUGCUCAUUUAAAUACUGUGAAAUAUUAUCAGUUUUUAUAUUCAUCACCAGAUUCAUUUGUUAUAUCUAUUAUCAUGGGUCAAGUGUACAAUACAGUAAAAAAAAUCUGAAUUCAA